AUGUCACCACCAGCUGAUGGUCGAAUGAACGUUUCAUUGCCUUCUCGAAGCACCGUUUCACCUUCACCUUUGGCACGUUUUACUGGAAGUGGCAAUACUCCACCAAGUUCUCGUUCUAGGAAGAGAGGGCCGCGAGCUGGAGAUGAGCUUUUUGGAAUUGAGAGACGUUUUUUGAGAACAAGUAAAGACAGUGAAGAGAAGGGGGGUAACAAUGAAGGUUUUGGUGAAAAGAAGGGAGGAGGAGUUGGGAGUGAUUAAAUUACCAAAAAAUUAAAUUAAAAAUUAAAUUAUUGACACAAAUUUAUUUUCUUUUUUUUAAUUUUCUGCUUUUAUAUAAAUAUUUUGUGGGUAAAAUGAACCUUAUUUUUAUCUAU